AUGUUUUUUUUCCAUUCCAUCUCAUCUAGCACCAUUCAUCACCAACACCACAAUCCACCACCUUCGCUACCACCUACCACCACCACCACCAACGCAAUCGUCGCCUCCAACCGCAACUCGUCAACGCCUCCACCGCCACCCCGACAACCACCACCACCGCCGCCACCCACCCGCCACCAUUGCCACCCGCCACCAUUGCCACCCGCCACCGCCACCAAUGCCAAUCGCCGCCGCCACCCACCACCACCGUCGAUGCCACCACCACACCAACCACCGCCGCCAUCGCCACUCGCCGCUGCCUCUGCCUCUUCGCACCCCCCCAGUCACCACCACCCGCCAUCGCCGCCGCCAUCCACCACCGCCGCCGCCACCCACAAUCACUACCAUUGA